CGAACAGGCUACACAAAUCGCAAACGAAUUUUUGUCCUGUUGAAGGUUCCAGUCAGUCAAAAUGUCACAACAUAUAUCGACGAUAAUUCUUAUCUGAAAUUUCUCUCGAUCAUUUAAAGGAAUGCCUUUGCCGGUGCUUGUCGUUCAUGGUGGCGUGGGUAGCACAAAAUCAGAUGAUGACCAAAACCGCAUUACUGGAGUUAUAAAUGCGGCAAAUCGGGGAUUUGAGGAAUUGUCGAAUAAGAAAUGUGCUUUGGAAGCUGUUGUGGCUGCAGUUGUCGCAAUGGAGGACAACCCGGUGUUCAACGCAGGGAUUGGUUCAGCGUUGACACUAGAAGGUACAGCAGAGCUUGACGCUGGGAUCAUGGACGGACGAACUUUAAAAGCAGGAGCUGUAGGAUGCGUGACAACAAUACAAAAUCCCGUUAAACUGUCCCACCUCGUCAUGACGGAAACUCAUCACUCUUUAUUAGUUGGCAAAGGAGCAGAAAUCUUCGCGGAACGCAACGGACUUCCAUGCAUUCCAAAUCAUGAACGGGUGACGGAAAACGCAAAAAGUUCACUCCAAAAAUACAAGGAUUCCGCAAGUAAAGUCCCUGGAAGUCAAAAACAAACGAAUACCUUAACUGUUCCACACCAGAGUGAAACUGUUGGAGCAGUAGCGAUUGAUGAGAACGGGCAGGUCGCUGUCGCAAUUUCAACUGGAGGCCUCACAGGAAAAUUACCAGGUCGCGUGGGAGACAGUCCAUUAGUCGAUCUACAAGGACGCGACCCUAACGCCAACCGGGAAAAACAUCCGCCGGAAAGGGCAAUGGCAUCUAACGGACCCCGCCGCCGAAAAAGACAACAAAACCUAACUGAACCGAGGUCACACACACGGACACAUAAGGACGACCCCAAACGGAAGACUUCACUUCAGUCCAAACUUCUGCACCGACCACGUCUCCUUGCUGCUCCGUGUAUCUUGUGUCUUGUGCAUAUAAACCCUUCUGUGUCCUCGUCAGAACCGACCGCCUACAACAAGAAAAUAUACUCUGCCCUUUUACGUGUACAUCAUCUACACUUUCCGCACACUUACUGGGGGCUCGUCCGCCAACCUACACCAUCAGACCUGACCACGACCAUCACCAUGCCCAGGGAUACGGAAACGUCCAAAGCCGCCAAACGGGCAGCCCUCGAGCUGGCUCAGGUCCAGGCAGCAUGCGCAGCAUCCCUCGGGCAACAGCCAGAACAUCCCACCCCACCUACGGAGAACGCCGCAUCCGAGUCGUCGCUGGGCAGGCCGCCCAGUGCAAUCUCCUCCACCUCAACGCCGCAUCCGUGGGACUUCAUCUCCUUGACGACACUGCAGCGCUUCAAGGAGACCUACGUGGCCAAACGCCCGCCAACUACGGAGAAACCGAGCUAUAUCACAUUGCUCGAAAACCUGAACAUCUCGCCGGUAACCCNCUUCACUUCGAGAAUCUAA